AUGGCCUCCCAAACACCAGCCGUUGUCAUGGACAACGGUACUGGUUACUCCAAGCUCGGAUUCGCCGGUAACGAUUCUCCCUCCUUCGUCUUCCCAACAGCCAUUGCAACCAAGGCUGGUGCUGGUAGCGCUGGUAGCUCCGCCGCCCGGCCUUCUGUCGCAAACAAGCCUUCUUUCUUGUCCGGUGGCGGCGGCGGCAGCUCGCACCUUUCUAUGAAGCGCGGCACUGAGGACCUGGAUUUCUUCAUUGGCGAUGAGGCUCUGGCCGCUGGAAAUGGCCCCGGCUAUGGUGUCAAUUACCCCAUCCGACACGGUCAGAUCGAGAACUGGGACCACAUGGAACGAUUCUGGUCGAAUUCGAUUUUCAAGUAUCUCCGUGUCGAGCCCGAGGACCACUACUUCCUCCUCACCGAACCCAACCGUGAAAACACCGCCGAGAUCAUGUUCGAAUCGUUCAACUGCGCUGGUCUCUACAUUGCCGUUCAAGCUGUGCUCGCCCUUGCCGCAUCCUGGACCUCCUCCAAAGUGACUGACCGAUCCCUCACCGGAACUGUCAUUGACUCCGGUGACGGUGUCACCCACGUUAUCCCCGUAGCUGAGGGCUACGUCAUUGGAUCUUCCAUCAAGAGCAUCCCCAUCGCUGGCCGAGACAUCACAUACUUUGUGCAAAGCUUGCUGCGAGACCGCGGUGAGCCGGACAGCAGCUUGAAGACCGCCGAGAAGGUUAAGGAGGAGUACUGCUACGUGAGUCCCGAUAUCGUCAAGGAGUUCGCCCGUUACGACCGCGAGCCCGAUCGUCUCCUGAAGCACACCGUCAGCGCGCCCAACGGACGUAGUGUGCAAAUCGACAUUGGCUACGAGCGCUUCCUCGCCCCGGAGAUUUUCUUCAACCCCGAAAUCUACUCGUCCGACUUCCUCACCCCACUCCCCAACGUCGUUGACGGUGUCAUUCAAUCCUCGCCAAUUGAUGUCCGUCGCGGCCUUUAUAAGAACAUUGUUCUGUCCGGUGGUUCCACCUUGUAUAAGGACUUUGGCCGUCGUCUACAGCGUGAUAUCCGUCAUCUGGUAGACGACCGGAUCCGCGCCUCUGAGGCCCGCAGCGGCGGCGCUCGAAGUGGUGGUCUGGAUGUCGCAGUCGUCACGCACAAGCGCCAGCGGCACGGACCCUGGUUCGGAGGCAGCCUGCUGGGUCAGACGCCUGAGUUCCGAAGCUACUGCCACACCAAGGCUGAAUAUGAUGAGAUUGGUCCCAGUAUCGUACGGAGAUUCGCGCUGCUUGGCGGACCGGGAAGCUCCUAA